AUGUCCACGAAUCGCGAAAAUUCACCAACGUCCUCCCCACCACCUCAACGUCGCGCCUCCUUAAAUCCAGGAUCCCUUUUCUCGAGACAUAACGGCGCCACCAUGAGCAACAGCAACAACAAUUCGGCAGGUAAUAGCUCUUCCUUCCCCGGCCCCAUCUCCACUGCCACAAACCAACGUCGCAUGUCGAUUACAACCCUGGGCUUGUCUGGCUCUCCCACGCAAGCAUCUCCCUUCACAAACUUCCCUGGUCGACGAGAGAGUCUAUCGAGCUCGGUCAGCAAUGAAGAUGCCGUAGACGACAGCGAGAGUGCACCAGCCAAUCAACCAACCUCGCCCUUUGCCAGGCGGGUGUCGUUCGGGGCCCAAGCAUUGCGCGAGGCCCGUGGCGGAUCUGGUUCUGCAAAUGGUAGAUACUCCUCUUCUGGAUCCUUCUCUCCGGCGACGAGGCGGAACACCUCGUCGUCGACCCACACUGCCAAAGACCAUCCUUCUGCACCACCCUCUGCUGCUGCAAGUACUAGCAAAAACAUUCAGACAAAUGAAAAAUCUAACCUGUCGUGGCGACCUACAGGCGAGGGCUUUAACUGGUCCGCAGCUCUUCGAAACAGAGCCGAACGAGCCCCUUCUAUUGGCGGCGGGUUUUCUACCUCGCCGCAAACUCAGCAGCCGGCGAUGAGCAAUGACCCGCAGGCUCGCCACCAACGAGCGGCUUCUAUUGCCAUCAUGGAGCAGCCCACGCGGGAGCUGCCUAGAGAGCCGAGGCAGAACAAGCCAGACUUUUUCCAGGAGAAGAUUCUCCGUGCCGAUUUCAUGGACUAG